AUGGGGAAAAAGUACUUUGGCCUUCGUGGCAAUAGUCUCAACUGGGCCGUGGGCCUCAUCGCUGGAUGUGAUUUCCUGCUUUUCGGAUAUGAUCAGGGUGUGAUGGGCGGCAUCUUGACGAUGCACCAAUUCCUCGACGCCUUCCCGUCCAUCAACCCGGACGACCCAGCCAUCCAAUCUGACACCGCGCUGAAGUCCCAGCGAUCAACCUCGCAGGGCAUUUCCGUCGCGGCGUACAACCUCGGAUGCUUCCUUGGGGCCGUUAUCAGCAUCUUCAUCUCCAAUCCACUGGGUCGCAAGAAGAUGAUCAUCCUCGGCACACUCAUCAUGGUCGUGGGCGCGGCACUGCAGGCCAGUGCAACCACGCUGCCACACCUGAUCGUCGGACGUAUCAUCACGGGCAUCGGAAACGGGGCCAACACGUCGACGGUGCCAACCUGGCAGUCGGAGACGUCGCGCUCGCACAAACGCGGGAAGCUAGUUAUGAUCGAAGGCGCCCUGAUCACCUGCGGUAUCAUGAUAUCCUACUGGAUCGAUCUGGGCUUCAGUUUUAUCGAGAGCAGCGUCGCAUGGCGGUUCCCGCUCGCCUUCCAGAUCGUCUUCUGUCUGUUCAUCCUGGCGUUCAUAUCGGGCCUACCUGAGUCGCCGCGAUGGCUGAUUCUGAAGAACCGCGAAGAUGAGGCUCGCGAGGUGCUCGCGGCGUUAGCCGAUGCGCCAAUCGACUCCAAGGAGGUUAACAAUGAGUUCAUCGCUAUCAAGGACACUGUCAUCGAGAUGUCCAAGGGUACUUUUGCGGAUCUCUUCAAGAUGACAAAGGAUAGGGAGCUUCAUCGCACUAUACUGGCCUAUUCGAAUCAGAUGUUCCAGCAGAUCUCCGGCAUCAACCUAAUCACCUACUAUGCCCCGGUGAUCUAUGCUGGCUUAGGUAUGAAUGCUUUUAUGGCAAGACUGCUGGCCGCGAUCAACGGCACGGAGUACUUCAUCGCUUCCUGGCCCGCCGUAUUCCUGGUCGAGCGCGUCGGCCGGAGGAAGCUCAUGCUCUUCGGUGCGGCAGGCCAGGCUGCCUCGAUGGCGAUUCUGGCCGCCACGAACUCGCAGGAGGACAACAAGCAAGCCCAGGCUGCCGCCAUCGCCUUCCUCUUCAUAUUCAACACCUUCUUUGCCAUUGGUUGGCUGGGCAUGACCUGGUUGUAUCCCGCCGAGAUUGUGCCUCUCCGGAUCCGCGCCCCGGCAAAUGCGCUCUCGACGUCUGGGAACUGGAUCUUCAACUUCCUCGUCGUCAUGAUCACGCCCAUCGCCUUCAACAGCAUCGGCUACCAGACGUACAUCAUUUUCGCCGUGAUCAACGCGUUCAUGGUUCCUAGCGUCUACUUCUUCUACCCAGAAACCGCGUACAGGUCGCUCGAGGAGAUGGACACCAUCUUCCAUAAGAGCUCAGCGGGGCUCAAGGGCUACUUCGACGUCGUGCACGUCGCCAGGCGCGAGCCUCAGCGCUACGGCAAGAAUGGCGAGCUGCUCAUCGCGUACGAGGAGACGGACGAGCGUAAGGCGCAUUUGCCGCUCCAUACCGAGCAUCGAGAGGUUGGGUCGAGCGAGGCGGUUAGCAGUGAUGCUGAAAAGAGGGUUGGGGUUGUGGGCGACCAGGUUGCAGCUAAGGAUGCUUGA